AGAGGCUUGUACGAGCCGACUGAGCCGAACCAGCAAGGGCUCCUGCCAGUCGACGACACGCACUCGCUCUUCUAUCACGUCUACGGCAACAGCACCUCGCAACAUGUUGCCCUCUCCCUCCAUGGCGGCCCUGGGGCAGGCAGCUUCCCUCGACAUGCGCGUUUCUUCGACCCCAAGAGAUGUCGCGUCGUCCUCUUCGAUCAGCGUGGCUGCGGAUCCUCGACGCCGCGGGGAGACUCUUGCUGCCUCCUCCAGCUGACGUCCCAGCAGAGGCUGAGGGUCCAUCUCAACGUCUCCACAUGGGACAUCGUGCUCGGGGGUAGCUGGGGAAGCACUCUCGCUCUUGCGUACUCGCAGGAGUAUCCGGAGAGGGUCCGGGCGAUGGUGCUGCGAGGAGUGUGUCUGAUGCGAGCCAAGGAGAUCUGCUGGCUGAUGUCGAGCUCUACUUCCUCGAGCAUACAAGGAGUUCGUGAGCGACUUGCUGUGCGGCCCCGCCCGCCCUCCCCCGUCGCUGAUGCGCCGGCAGGGAGCACGAGACCGAGACUUUUCAGCAGCAACACGACGACGCAAGGAGCAGCUGCGAGGAGGUGGAGUGACUGUCUUGUCUCAGAGAGUCGGCCGGCCCCCUCAGCCCCCUAUGUGCCUGCUCAGGUCAGCUGCCCUCGCCCCUCGCCUUCUAACCGACAUGAUCUGCAGGCCAUGCUGACCUGCUGGUACUCUCUGCAUGGGGGCUUCUUGGAGGAGGAGGCGAUUCUUCAGCCGCAGCGCAUGGAGCGGAUUCGGCACAUUCCGUGCAUAGCAGUGCAAGGAGCAGCCGACUACAUCUGCCCACCAUGGACAGCGCUGGACCUGCAUGAGGCCUGGCCGGAAAUGAAGCUGAGGCUGGUAGCAGGAGCAGGACAUUCCAUGUAUGACCCGGAGAUCACAAGCGAGCUUGUCAAGGCGACCGAC